AUGGUUGGAUUCGCGAAGUACGUUAGCGCAGCUUUGCUCUGUGUGCAGAGUUUUGUCUCUUGUGUCGACCCACAGGCUGUCUACGACGGUGGCAUCAAGGGAAAUAAGGGUCCCAUCAAGUUGAGGAUUGGUAAUGGUGGCGCCGGUCAGAGCGGACUUAUCAAAGUCCUCGCCGACGAAUUUAUCAAGUACGAAGUGAAGAAAGGAGCCAAACCAUUCAGGGUAGCAUGGUACCUCUCUGAUACCACCGUUUCCAUCAAUUACCUCCAAGCCGGUACUGUCGAUGUUGGCUUCACAUAUUCUGAGGUUGCGGAGAAAAUUGCAAUUAAGCAGGGAGUCGCCACAUCACGACAUUAUGCCUGGAGGGAUCACUUUUUGUUCGUCGGACCAAAGGAGAACCCGGCGAAUAUUACCAAGUCGUCAGACAUCUUGACCAUUUUCUCGAAUCUUUACAAGGCUGCCCAGAACAAUAAAGUUACCGAUCCCGUACAAACAAGAUUUUUAAGCCGAUACGACAAGUCUGCCACGAAUAUCAAGGAGUCGCAGAUGUGGAUUAGCAUUGGUCAGGUUCCAUGGGCAACUGCUUACUCCACCUGGUACCACACCUAUAUCGCUUUCCCGGUCCAAGCCUUGGAGGCUGCUAUCCUCCUUAAGGAAUACACUAUUACUGAUAGAGGCACAUACCUUUCCAUCAACCCCGAUCUCGCCAAGAAGACUGUUAUCUACAAGGCCGCGACAGACAAUGCGACUGAUGCUUUGCUGAACCCUGCAUUCUUACUCAUUGGCAAGAAGGCUACCAACUUGGGAACAGUCAGAAAUUUCCAGAAGUGGGUUGUGCAUAAGAAGCUAGGGCAGAAGGCCAUUAUUGCCUUCAAGAAGACAGGCAAGCAGUUGUACACUGGAGCUCCAUAA